AGAUGGCCACCUCUUGCAAGGAAGUGCGAAUAUGAACGUUCAAAACGAUGUUUCCCUUGUAAAUCUAAGUCCUUUAAGUGAACCCAAACCGGGCUUAAAACCGUUAGAAUUUGACGUUAGUUUCAUGUAAAAAGUCGUGUGUAAAUAUGUGCAUAAUCGGAGUUAAUAAGUGCAAUGUAAUUUUAAGUGUAUAGCAUAGUCCAAAGAUAAGAACUCGCCAAUGUUUUUGUGUACAAGUUGACGAAAUCAGUGUAAUAAUAAUUCGAAAGGGACGUCAGGAGCCACCAGAAUCACGUUCCCAAUGCAAACAAUGGACAAAAUCCAAGUGAAGAAAGAACCUCCGCCCACAGACCUACAAUCGUUAAAAGCAACUUCUGACAUUUCCGAGAUAUGUUUCGUGUGUGGCAACAAAAAUCAUUCGCAGAGCUUCUGGUUGAACGUGCAUCCUAUACCCAACAAACCGAAAGAACCCCAUUUUCCAUUUUUGAGUUCCCACGCACCUCCUGCGGGCUACGUACUAAAGAGUGACGUCGCAGUUCCUGCCUGUUUUCUGUGUUACACUUUACUGAUCCAACAAUGGGAGGCUCACGAAUUAACGGCUCGACCUCAUUCGGAAAGACUCUAUUGGUUAAAAAGAGUCGAUAAUGGACCUUACACUGGGGCCGACAUGGGUGUACAAGGGGAAUAUGCGGCGCAAGUUUUGGGACUGAAUAACGAAAGUAACACUGGAAGUAACGUUCCGAGUCGGAGGGAAGAAAUAAAACUCGACAUCCCGACAAGACCUCCGCAGAUCGCUCCCGAGGACCGUGAGCCAACCGAAAUGAUCCCCGAAGGUGCGCUGGACUUGACCCACUCCCAGCCUUCAAUCCAGUCGCUUCCAGUAUUCCACAGUCAAAAUUCCAACUCCUCGACGGGAACGGACAUCCUAGAUCUCAGCAUGCCCGACAAAAAUUCCACCACCGAAGUCUGCUACGUGUGCGGAGACGGCUUCCCUAGGGGGAGCCUGGAAGUGAUAGCCGCCAAGCAGCUCCCAGAUUCCCCCGUUCAACCUUUCUUUCCCAGUCUUAUCGAGCACCCGAGGCCGAGCCGAUCCCGUCCCAUCGAUUCCACCGGCCGCGUUCAGGCCUGCGGUGAGUGCCAGAAGCACCUGAUCAAGCAGUGGCAGGCGUUCCAGGCGCAAGGGGUGCCCCACGCGGAGCGAAACUACACGCUGAGGAAGCGACAAUCGUCGACUUUGGACACCACGACCUUCAUUUGCUACAUCUGUGCCUUGGAGUAUCCUUCCAGCAGCAUACGUUUGCUCUACUGUUGUCCAAAUGCCGAAAAGGAGAAGUUUUAUCCGUUCAUCCAGACGCUGAAGGCGCCCCCGGGGGCGAGCCCCAUCAGUCCGCAAGGGAUGAUCCAAGUGUGUUACAUAUGCUACAAGGCGAUUCCGCAGAAACAACAGUUGUUCGGGGGUGAUACUAGUGCUAUCGUGAAUAAUCAUGUGUCUGUGACUGACGUGCAGUUCCAUAAUAGUACUUCUUCUAGACCCAGUACUGUCAAGUCGCCCGCGAAUAGUGCAGGGUCUGAUAUUAGGUAUAAACCGUACGACAUCAAUCCAGCUAUUAUCAAUAAGAAGAAGCAAGCGGCGCUGGAAAGUCGACAGAUGAUGAAGGCGAGUAUGGCUUCGAGAACCACUUCACCUUCCCCAGACAUCAACGGCCAGCCUUUAACUCAGAGCUACAGGUGCUACAUUUGCGCGGGUCUUUUUCCACGAACCCAGAUGGAAUGGUUGAGUACUUCUCCCGAAGGCAUGAAUUCGCACGCAAUGCACUUUCCGUGUCUUCGAAACGUCGCUAGAACUUCCGAAAACAGUUGUAUGGACUCGCAUGGCCGAGUACUUAGCUGUACUAGGUGCGUCAAUCACUUAGCGCAGCAGUGGGAAACGUACGAAAACGAAAGAAUACCUCUGGAAAGACGAAGGUACGAAAUUCCAAUGCCUGACCCUACCUCGUCGAAUGGCGAUAGAGGGAUUCCAACACCUCCUAGUACAAAUAGUGAAAGGACAAUAGCCAGUAAUCCCGGAGGAAGCAGUAUUUACUGCUUUCUCUGCGGAUUACAUUCAGAGUUUACCUUAGCUAGAGUGGUUUACGGAAGACCACAAGGAAGAAAUGCCCCGUACUUUCCAUAUCUUCUUCACCGAGUCAGUCCUCCGAAUACGGAACAGUUGCGAGAAGAUGGUUCAGCGCUAGUUUGUACUUUCUGUUACCACACUUUAGUCAGUCAGUGGAGGCGAUACGAAGCUCAAGGACCAUCAGCGCUUCCCGCUGACAAAAGAGAAUAUAACACACACGACUACUGUUGUUACGUUUGUGGCAUUACAACGUAUAGGAAACGAGUUAGGGCGUUAUUAAUUAAGGAUUUUCCUUUUUUGAGAUUCCAUCCCCAACCGGACCAUUCUUUGUUACUUGAAAAUGGAGAUUAUGCCGUAGUUUGUUUGGAUUGUUACGAAACGUUAAGAACUCAAAGUUUAGAAUAUGAAAGAUGGGGUCUGCCUCUGGAUAAGAGACAGUAUAAUUGGAUAACCCAACCACCGCCUCCGGAAGAUAGUCCGGAAGCUACCAUAGCAAGACUGCCUAGUGGACAACGAAGUGAUAAAGUGGUUCCGCCAACUUUUGUGGCAAAACCCUUAAAGAAAAAUUGUUCACCGAAACUAACGGAAAGAAAACCAGUCACAAAGUCGGAACCAAGCGUACCACACAGUCCUAAAGUAAUAGUUUCAACUAAUGGCAGUGCAAAACCAAGGGUAACGACGGGCCACGCGGUUCCAGGACCUGGUCCUGGAACGCAGUCACAGAGUUCUCAUUCUUUUGCAGCGGCGUUGCGAAAUUUGGCCCAACAGUCGGUUCCAGGAGCUGAACAUUCAACGGCUGCACCCAUAGCCCCAGAACCACUACGCAGAGAAGCAGCAACUAUCCAACCUCCUGAAAAACAGAAAGUCACGACUGAAUUACCUUUGUACGCAACUUCGGCAAUACGACCGCCGGAGACUAGAAUAUCAGUAGGAAAUGCAACCGAGAGAUACCCCCAGUCCUGCUUGACGGAUUUAGGUAGAAGCGGGUUUCAACCCUAUCGUGCCGAAGAAAGGAUGCCGUCGGUUCCUAUAGGGCUGGAGGUUCCAGGGUAUUCUCCGUACGGUUAUCCGCCGAUGCCGAUGUUAGAUGAGCAGCUGUAUUACGAGAGGAUGGGCUUGUUGAGGCCACCGUGGCCACCUUUGGGACCUGCGUAUUUACCGUACAUGAUUCCUGGAACUACAAUGCCUUUGUAUCUGCAUGAGCGGUUAAAACUGGAAGAGGAGCACCGGCAGCGUCUAGCAGCGGUGCGUAAAGACGAGCAAACCGAGCGCGAGAUCCUGGAACACCGCGAGUUGCUCCAGCAGCAGCGCGAGCGCGAGCAGCGCGAAAAAGAACGUGCCCAACGCGACCGCGAGAAAGCCCAGCAGGCCCGUAUUUCGCCGCACAUGACUCCGUCGCAUCUCUCUAGCCAGUCUCAGAUGAUGCUUCCGAUCUUACAUUCCGGCUCAAUGUUACCGUCGACCCCCCUGAGCCUGACCUCGACGACGCGCCAGUCGCCGCUGAGCGCCGGCUUCCUCACCCCCAGCUCCCUUUCGCACAACUACCCCGUGCCGCGAUCGAGUCCGUCGCUCCAGCGCCACUCGCCCCACACGAACCUGCAUUCGGGCUCCGGUUACACGCUCAACCUGAGCCAGCAGCAGAGACAGUCGCCGAUCAUCCAGCCGUCGGGGCCGUUGAUUAACAACGCGUCGACGCUGGGUCAGUCUUCUAGUCAAGCACCGAAAGCGCCGACGCCCAAAUUGACUACAGUGCCUAAAAUAAGCGUGGCGCCGACACCCGUAACUAGUACUAGUGUGGUAAAUGCGAAUUCGACGAGUGAUGUGACGAAAACGGUGACGGACGACCGGCCGGCUGCUUCAAGCGCAGCCAGGAAGCCUACCAUAGCACCGAAUCAUCUUUAUCAAUUUAAUACACAACCUGAACCAGCUUUACCUCACUACGUCCCCAUAUCGAAUAACAAUAAAAGUGUAACAAAACCGGACGCUCACGACCAACCAAUCAAAGCUAAGACUAAACCCUCACCUUAUAACAUCGAGUAUAUCGUGAGAGAUUUAGUCGCAUCUAAACCGGAAUCAAGCAAAGAACAUCCUGAACCCCCACCGCCGAAGAAUGGUGCAACAAUUAACUUCGAAAUUACACACCCGAAUGUUCCUCCACCCGAAGACCACAAAAGUCGAGUGGAAAUCAAAGAAAUGAUCAUUUUCAAAAAUGGAAACCGAGCGCGGGAAGACGGACAUUUUUACGAAGACGAUAAAACCAACGAUGAGAGGAUGAAAAAAGUGCGUUUUUUUGAGAGAGAGAUGGAAAGUAAGGAGGAAGUGAAGGAAGCACGGUUCAACAACGAAAGACACCCGCGAGGAAUAAUAAAAAAAGUGCGCUUCGUCGACAGCGAUAACGAAAAUGGGGAGGAGAAGAGAGAAGUGCGAUUUUUUGAUAGCGAGAAGACGAUUAGGGAGGAAAUGAGGGAAAUAAAAGAGGCACGAUUCUUCGACAACGCGUAUUCAGAUAUGAGUUCCGAGGUGAAACACGCGAGUACGCCGGUUCACAGCGUCAGUCAGCAGACUCACAGCCCCCAAUUGCCGGUCCCGUCGCCUACUUUACCAAUAGAAAAAGAAUGCCAUAAGCAGGUCCUACCAAAUACUGUUGUUCCUACGAUUAAUAAUAACUACAUAAGCUCACCUCAUAGUGCUAGUCAGAACGAGUUACGUAAAACAGACUGUUUCGAAACACAUUCCACUGAUUCGAUUGAGAAAUCGAGCAACCCCACACGAAAAACGCCGAUGACGUUGAAACCGUUCAACAAACUCUGGAACACCACCAACACCAAAAAAAUCGACAUCUUUGAAAGCGCCACCUGUCAGAAAUCGAGCGAAACCCCGUUUACAGUACUGAACAUACCGAAUUUAAACUUGCAAGCGCCCCCGGUUAAGCGCCAAAAGUUGAGUAAAAUCGACGUGGCGACGAUGAAGAGGAAAAUGCGCAGGCAGAAGCGGACGAGCAAGCCGAAGGAGCCGAAGCUGGUCAACGACAACCACACAAAGGUCACCGUGGAUUUCGGCGUGUCGGUUUACGGCUAUUCCGAUAAUUCCAGUUCGAGUUCUUUGUCGAGUUCGGAUUGCGAGAGCGAAGGGCCAGAAGUGGAUCUAUGGAUCAAGUCGGGACCUCCGUGUAAGCUCGAUCUGAAACCGGAAAAGGUCGGUUUUCUCAAGAUUUUUGGACUGACGACGCACCGGAAGAAGAACUGUAUUGAAUUGGAAAAAUUGGAAAAACGAAAAUGGCAACCGACGUGGAAAUUCAUAGACGAUUCCGAACGCGUUGCUCCGUUAAAUUUACCAGUGCCUUUGCAGUCACCGGCUGUGUUGAAUAAUCUGCCGGAUUUUAAAACGAAGAGUAAUUUCUUUAAAGUUUUGGGUCUGCGGACUGUUCCUGGACAAAUGAGACAAGAACUGGAAAAGACAUGGAUAAAAAUUGUUGAAGAGCGAGUACGAAGAAACUGUGAAUCUGGAGUAACGAAGUAUACUACUAAAGCGAAUAAAAAACACAAAGCUGUAAAUAAAUUAAAACCAAAUGGCCUAAUUGAAACGAACAAUAACAGUAACAACUGUACAGACUUGGCUUUUAAAAUACCCAUAGUUCACCAGUACGGCCAAAAAAUUCCAGCACACAAGAAAGAAGAUCCUUUGAGCAACGUAAAAAAUAUCGAAUUUAAUUAUAUACCGCUGACGAUGGUUUUAGUGGAAAGUCCUCAAAAUAACAACAGCUGUCCUAUGUACAACACUCAUACUUCUAUAAACAACAGUAGUACUCCGACAAUUAUCGACAAUAAGCCUUUGCUAAAAGAAGAUAGAGCAGACGAAACUCAGAAGAACGACAGCAGCAAACCAGUUCAGAAAGAAGUAAAAGUCAAAGAAAUUCACAGCAACAAUAAUAAACUUCUGCAACAGGAAACUAACGUUGAAGAAAAUCACAAAAACGGCAACAAUAAACCCAAUCAGAAGGAAGUUAGAACUGAAGAAAUCCACAGAAGCGUUAAUAAAAAAAAAGUUCAAAAGGAAGUUAAAUUAGACGAAAUUCACAAAAACAGCAACAGCAAACAUAUUCAAAGAGAAGCUAGAGUGGAGGAAGUUCACAAAAAUAGCAACAAUAAGUCCGGUCAAAGAGAACUUGGGAUAGAAGAACCUCACAAAAAUAACAUUAACAAAUUCCCUCCAAAAGAGUUUAAAAUGGAAGAAAUUCAGAAACGUAAUAAUAAACCUCUUCAGAAAGAACAUAGAGGAGAUGAAAUCCACAACAACAAUAAAGUUAAAGUGGAUGAAAAUCACAAGAACAACAUCAAUAAGUCAGUUCAAAGAGAAUUGAAAGCAGAAGAGCUUCAUAGAAAUAAUGCUAAACCAAUUCAAAAGGACGUGAAAACUGAGGAUAAGAACCACAGCUGUAAACCUGUCCAGAAGGAAUCAAAAAUUGAAGAAAUUCAAAAAAACAGCAGCAAAUCUAUUCAAAAGGAACGUAAACCAGAAGAAAUUCAGAAAAAUUGCAACAAUAAACCAGGAAUUCCAAAGGAAUUGAAAGUAGAAGACAUUCAUAGAAACAACUCCAAACAUGUCCAAAAAGACGUUAAAGCAGAAGAAAUGAAGAGCAGCAACAAUAAACCUCCACACAAGGAGUUUAAACCAAAAGAAAUACACAGCAACAACAUUAAACCUACUCAAAAAGUGGCUAAACCAAAGGAAAUUCACAAUACCCCAAAAAACAGCAACAACUCUGCUAAAAAUGUUGACAAUAGAGAAGAGAUUAUAUUUGAAGAAAUUGAGAAAAACAGCGUCGAUAAACAGCAAGAAGUUAGGGAGGAAGUAAUGCACAACAGUAACAGUACUUCUCUUGAAAAGGAAGUAAAAACAGAAGAAGUUCAAACUGAAGAAUGGGAAAAUCCAACAUCACAAAUGUGGCCAGGAGUGCAAGAUCUUAUGGAAACUUAUUAUACAUUUUCAAAAGAACGUGAUAGGGAAAUUGAUUCGUUGUCGUUGAGAUGUUCUUCUGUGAAGGACGAGGUUGUUAUGAAACAAUUUGAGGUGAAAUAUCUUGAACGACGUCAGAGGGAAUUACAUUCAGUUUUAUUUUUAAAAGAACAAGAAGGAAAGCGGCUACAGAAAAUUAUCGACCAACUAAACAAUAUCGUCAAUGCUUUUAGGUAGCAUAGACUUAAUGAUUUGGCAGAUAAAUUGUGUUUUUAAUUGUUUUAGUUUUUGUUGAUUAAUUAUUGUUUCUUUAAGAUAUUGUUAACUAAUCGGACCAAGUUCACUCCUAAUUUGUUGUAAUUUUUAUUACCAGUUAUGAUUUUAAUCUUACUGUUAUGCGAUCAUGAUGUCGAUUUGUAUUGAAAAAAAAAAAACUAAAUUUUAAAAGACUGUGAUGGGAAUAUUUAAAACAAAAUGGUGGGUUUUUAUACUUUUUAAUAAUCGCUAUUAAAAAUAUAAAUAGUAUUAUGUAAAAGCUUCCAAAACUUGACCCGUUGUAAUUAUUUUUUAAGAGUUUCGAAUAUAAAUUAUAAACCGAAUUAAAAAAGAAACUAUGUUUAUUUGGUAUGUUUAUUUUUACGGGUGUCUUUAGUUGUAAGUAGGAGAGAGUGGUGUUCACUUAUUCUGUGAUAAUACAAUUUUAGUAAUCGUAACGUAAAAAACUGUUUCUAGCAUGACAAACUUAAUAAAUGUACAGAACAAUA